AUGGGGUCGACGCAGUUUGGCAAAUUUCAUCUCUUCGUCAAGAAUAACCAGCCUCCAAAUGAAAAGUAUGGCGGAUGUGCCUUGACGGGAAUCAACCUUGAUAGUGGUCGGAACGUUGGAAACUUGGGAUCCAUUCUACUGUGCUUUGUCGCAAUCUUCUCCACGCUAUUUCUAAUAUGGAGGUCGGAGAGAAAACGGGCUGCUGUCGGUAGAAGGGAGAUGCAAGUGUUCCUUGUCGGGUUUAUCAUUAUUUCGAUCUGCGAGAUCUUCUCAGUCGGUGCCUUCCCGCUUAGCGACGCAGUUAGACAGGGCUUUUCCGCAGCUCAUCUUGGUGCCAUUUCUGCCACCGCCUGGCUACUCCUUCUGAACGCCAUUGUCGGUUACCAACUUAUCGACGAUGGCACUGCCAUCUCCCUUGGACUGCUCGUCACCUCGGCCCUCGUCCUCUUCGUCGGUACCGGGUACAUUGCCCUCGACACCGCCUUUACGUGGACAGGCCGCUUUGAGUCUAGCCGACAUGCGCCAAAUCAGAACAUAGGGCUUUACAUCCUAUACCUCCUUUUCCCGCUAAUCUGCAUAGUCGGAUUCUUCGUGUUUGAGACCUUCUUGGUCGUCAAGGUGCUGAAGGAGAAGAGACCUAUGCUAUACCUCUCUAUCGCCGCCCUUUUGUUUGCCUUGAGCCAGAUUUUCCAGUUCGUCAUCAGCACGCACCUCUGCAACGCCACCGAUGGUAAAAUCAACGGUGCCUUCUUUGAAACCCUCUUCAACCUUGGUGCCGUGAUCAUGGUAUGGGUCUUCUGGAGCAGCAUUACCGAAGACGACUGGCCAAUGCCUGUUAGCGGAGGAUACAGCUAA